CAAGGAACAAGCAAGAAUGCAAGUUUGCUUUUUCUCAUUCUUACUUGACACACUUUCAAUCGCUUGCACAUUGCCGCACUAAUUCACCGGAUUGACACACACACACACCCACCUAUACACACACACACCCAAGACACACAAUGGUCGCCGAGACAAAGCUAUACGACUCGCUAGGCAUCGCGUCUACCGCGACACCGGAAGAAAUCAAGAAAGCAUACCGCAAAGCCGCCCUGAAGUGGCACCCCGAUAAGAACCAAGACAACCCGCAAGCCUCUGAGAAAUUCAAGGAGGUCUCACAAGCAUACGAAAUCCUGUCCGAUGCCGACAAGCGCAAGACCUACGACCAAUUCGGCCUCGACUUCCUGUUAAGAGGUGGUGCUCCACCUGAGGAUGCUGGUGGUGCUGGAGGCUUUGGUGGCAUGCCAGGCGGUAUGCCUGGUGGUAUGCCCGGUGGUUUCGGAGGCUUCCCUGGAGCUGGAGGCCCUGGAGGCGCUAAGUUCCACUUCUCGACUAGUGGUGGUGGCCCUGGUGGCUUCUCCUUCAGCAACCCGGAAAGCAUCUUCUCCGAGUUCCUGAGAGGUGGCGCUGGUGGGGGCAUGGGCGGAGGCAUGGGAGACGACGACGAUUUCAUGUCGGCAUUUGGAGGUGGAGGUGGUUUCGGCGGACAAUUUGGUGCUCGCCCGGGUCCAGGUGGCCGCGCUCGUACCAUGAACAGUGGCAUGCCUAGACGCCAGCAAACACCCGAAGUCACAGUCGUCGAGAAGCCUCUACCCGUCACCCUUGAGGAUCUGUUCACAGGUUGCACAAAGAAGAUGAAGAUCAAGAGAAAGACAUUCGACGACCACACCGGCAAACAAUCAGUACAGGAUCGCAUCCUCGAAGUACCAAUUAAGAAGGGUCUCAAGCCCGGCAGUAAGAUCAAAUUUACAGGAGUCGGAGACCAGGUCGAGGGAGGAGUCCAGGAUUUGCACUUUGUUGUUGAAGAGAAAGAACACCCCUUGUACAAGCGCGAAGGAGACGACAUCAUCCACAACGUCGACAUCACCCUAAAAGAAGCCUUGACUGGCUGGUCAAGAACCGUCAAGACCAUUGACGGCAAGCAAAUUGGCGUCAGCUCAAGCGGCCCUACACCGCCCACCUACAAAGAUCGCUACCCCAACCUCGGCAUGCCCAAGAGCAAGAAGCCUGAUGAACGAGGCGACUUUAUCGUCGGUGUCAAGAUUCAAUUCCCUACAAGCUUGACACCUGCCCAAAAGAACACACUCAAGGAGAUUCUGUGAGCGAAAAGUUCAGAGUUCAACCACGGCGUCCUUUUUUCCUUCUUCUGCACAUAUUCUUUUCUCUUGAAGCGUUCUUUUAAUGAGAGCAUUUGCGGAGGCUGGCCUUUUCGAAACAUUAGAAACGAAUUAAUGAAACAUAUUUUAUGCAACAAAUCUUAUGGAGUGCAUAUUCUAACCAAG